AUGGAUCAAAACCUGGCUUCUAAUCCGGCGGAUGUGAAGAUAGAUGGCGCUGAAGCUCCCCCAAAGCGACGCGAGAGCUUCGUAUCUGAGAACUCUCAGACAGCAUCUGAAUUCAUAAACGAACAGUUGAAGCUGGAGGCUGAUGCGCGGGAAGCUUUGCCAUAUUCAUUUGAUACUUGCACGCGACCGCUUGGGGCUCUACGACAAAGUCUUUUUUCCUGCCUUACUUGCAAUCCUCCCCCUGAAAACCCCAGUUCCCCCUAUAAUGCUGCUGGUGUGUGCUACUCCUGCUCUAUUUCGUGUCAUGGGGAGCACGAGUUGGUUGAACUAUUUACAAAGCGCAACUUCACCUGUGACUGCGGCACUAGAAGGUUACCAUCGACAUCUCCCUGUACCUUGAGAGCAGACCCGACUACUGGCCAGAAAGGCGCCCACUCGGAGGAUCCCACGCCGGAUAAUAAAUACAAUCAAAACUUCAGGAACAGAUUCUGUGGCUGCAGUGACACAUAUGAUCCUACCAAGGAGAAGGGGACGAUGUUCCAGUGCCUUGGUAUUGGCACAGUUGAAACUGGUGGCUGUGGAGAAGACUGGUGGCAUCCCGAAUGUUUAAGAGGGCUACCUCGUACUGCGAGCACUGAUAAAGAAGAGGACGAAGACUUGCCUUUACCGCCCGGGUUUCCUGAUGAAGAUGACUUUGAGACAUUUAUAUGUUAUAAAUGCUUGGACUCUAAUCCGUGGCUAAAGCGGUAUGCGGGGACACCGGGAUUUCUCCCCCCAGUGUACCUCAAGGACACGGUGCUGGGAGAUUCGGGCGAGGCACUACAAGACAGGGGGAACCAUACUCCUGAUCCACUCGCUAUCCCGCGCAAAAAGAGAGCACUUGAAGAUGAAGACUCUAUCGAGCCAGGCGUGAAACGAGCAAAACAGGAGUCCUCAACGCAUUUGGUUGAGCCCAACACUCAAACGACAAAGACGAAGGAAAAACACGAUUUACUUCCAUUGGAUAUCCCUGAAAGGCAAUUUUCGCUCUUUGUCAAAGAAGACUUCCGUGAUCACUUGUGUAAAUGUGUGGAAUGCUUCCCUAAUCUCGAACCCAACCGUCAACUCCGUGAGGAAGAAGAUGUUUACGAGCCUCCACUAUCUGAAGAUGGUGACGGACAGAAUGCUAACAAUAGCGCCGGAAGCAUUCACACUGGGAGUCUCCUGGACAGAGGCGAAGCUGCGCUUAGCAACUUGGACCGAGUCAAGGCGAUCGAAGGGGUCAUGGUUUAUAAUCAUCUUCGUGACAAAGUGAAGGAAUUCCUGAAACCAUUCGCUGAGAGUGGCCAAGCGGUUGGAGCAGAAGAUAUUAAAUCCUAUUUUGAGAAACUCAGAGGUGAUGACCAAGCCAUUCGAGAGGCCGGUGGGAAGCCCUCUACUUCUCGCGAUGAAGACGAGGUAGAGGAUGACAAAAAGGGAAACAAUCGAAGAGAACAGAGUGGUAAGCAGUGA